UCAGUUGAAACAACCAAGAUUUUUAGUGCAGAAGAACUCAAAAAGGCCACCAACAAUUAUCAUGAGAAUCUAAUCAUUGGUGAAGGUGGAUUUGGCAUAGUUUAUAAAGGAUUUUUAUCCGAUAAUAGAGUUGUGGCAAUCAAGAAGUCCAAACUUGUGGAUAAGAGCCAAAUUGAGCAAUUUGUCAACGAGGUGCUUUUACUUUCUCAAAUUAACCAUAGAAAUGUUGUCAAACUCCUGGGUUGUUGUUUGGAGACAGAAGUUCCUUUACUAGUCUAUGAAUUCAUCUCCCAAGGCACGCUCUUCGAGCACAUACAUCAUAAAGAUAGGUCCUUACGAAUUUCAUGGGAGGCUCGUCUUAAGAUUGCUGCAGAAACAGCGGAGGCACUAUCUUAUCUACACUCUGCAGCCUCUCCACCUAUAAUUCAUAGAGAUGUCAAGUCUUCAAACAUAUUACUAGAUGAUAAUUACACAGCUAAAGUGUCUGAUUUUGGAGCUUCAAGAUUGAUUCCAUUAGACCAAAUAGAAGUAUUUACAUUGAUGCAAGGAACUCUUGGAUACUUAGACCCUGAAUAUAUGCAAACUAGCCAAUUGACUGAGAAAAGUGAUGUUUAUAGCUUUGGUGUCAUCCUGAUAGAGAUACUAACCGGAGAAAAGGCACUUUCAUUUGAUAGGCCGGAGGAAGAGAGAAGUCUGGCUAUGCAUUUUCUUUCUGCUAUUAAAGUGGAUAGACUAUUUGAAGUUCUUGAGCAGAAUCUAGGGACUAAAAGAAAUGAGAAGCAGCUGAAGGAAGUGGCUAAUCUUGCAAGGAGGUGCAUCAAAUUGAAAGGGGAAGAUAGGCCUACCAUGAAGGAAUUAGCCGCUGAACUGGAAGGUUUAAGAAAGAUUGACAAGCAUUCUUGGGUUAACGUUGGUUCCAAUUCAGAAGAGAGAGAGUACUUGCUGGGGGAGACAUCCGGUUCUUAUACAUAUGAUGUUGCUAUUAAAAGCAGUGUUGUAUAUGAUAGCAUGAAGGACCAUACGAUGGUUGCCUUUGAUGGUGGGAGAUGACAGGAGUUUCUUCAUAUAUCUUUUUUCGGGAUACCAUGUUGGAUAGAAUGUUGUUUUAAUAAGUUUUCCAUGCAUUGUUUUGCAUAUAAUGUUGUCUGGUUUCUCUAUUUCAAAUGUUCUUGUUUAGAUUCUAUUUCUGUACUAUUGUCACUAAUCUAGACAUGUUAGAUUGCUGUCAUGACAUGUAAACAACUAGUGUAAUAUUUUUCUCUGUUGGUAGAUUACUGUUGUCAUGGC